AUGCUAAGGAUUAUUUUAUGUGAUAGCAAUACAGAACUAACUAAAUUAUGGCAUAAGUCAUUACCAAAGAUAUUAAUAGAGAAACGUCAAUUAAGGAUAAUCAAUGACAAUUUUAAGAAUUUGACUACAAGAUACAUCACAACCAAUAAAAUAGAUGGUGUCGAUGCAAACAGAUGCAGUGUUGUCUCACCUGGCAAUUCUUUUGGUUUCUUAGGCGGUGGGUUCGAUUUGGCCUUGUAUGAGAACUAUGGUAAGAAGCCUUUUGAAGAUUGGGUAAGAUCAAAACUAAACCAUGAAUACAAACCGGUUGGAUCACUAACCAUAUUUGAUACACAUGAAUAUCCUAACCAUAAAAUUGAUGCCGUUAGAUAUAUUCAACAUAUCCCAACCAUGAUAACACCAUCUAAGCCUCUUGCUUCCUCAACUGCUGAUAAUAGUAACUUGAUUCAACUAGUUUUCAAUACGAUGUGGGUUGCGCUGAAUAACGUACCAGAAGAUGUGAAUACAAUAAUCAUUCCUGGACUGUGUACUGGAUACGCAGGCGUUUCAAUCGAACUCUCUACAAAAGUAACAUCUUUUGCAAUUACAUUGUUCUAUAUGAGAACACGCAUCUCCAAAGACCUUCUAAAUAAAUUGAUAAUGAUUCACAUGGGAAACGAUUAUAUACCAUUUUAUUCUAAAGUGAUAGAGAGUGAAUUGAAUACGUUAGGCCUAAAAUAUAGUGACCUUAAGGCACUUGAGUCAUGUAAUGAAAAGAUCAUCUUCCCAGCUCAAUUACUGAGACUACUUUAA